AUAGCGGAAGUAAUUUUAAUUUACACCAAGUAGGCACAACACGGAUACAUGCAGCUCACUUACACCAAUAUUAAAGAAUGGGUGUGAAAGGUCUUCAGAGCUUCAUGGACCGCUGCUGCCCAGAGGCGUGUGUGUCUGUGAACCUGAGAGAAAUGUCCCGACAACACGCUGCUAAAAGACAGACAGGCUGCAAGACCACUGCUAACAGACCCACACUUGUUGUGGAUGGUAUGGCCUGCCUGCGCCACUGGUACUCGUGUAAAGACUGGGUGUGUGGGGGGCAGUGGAGGGAGUACAUGGAUGGGCUGAAGGGCUGGGUGGAGGCCUUCAGCUCAGCUGGCAUCAGACUGGUCUUCUUCUUCGACGGAGUGGUGGAAGAGCAGAAGAGACGGGAGUGGGUGAAGAGGAGACGCAGAGUGAACGGGGAGAUUUCUAAACUGUUUCGUCACAUCAAAGCUCAAGGAGAGCAGCCCGGUAGAGAGCUCUUUUGUCUGCCUUCUGGUCUGGCAACAUUCACACGCUUUGCUCUCAGGUCACUGGGUCAGGAGGUGUUUUGCUCAGUGCGGGAGGCUGACUAUGAGAUUGCCAGCUAUGCUCGUCAGCAUGGUAGUAUGGGUAUUCUGGGACAGGACUCCGACUUCAUCAUAUAUGACAGUGCCCCCUGCUUCUCUGUGGCAAAGCUGCGGAUACACAGCCUCACCACGGUCAUGUACGACCGACAGAGGCUCUGCCAAACCAUCGGACUGACUGUUGCCCAGCUACCACUGCUGGCCUGUCUCCUAGGUAACGACGUGGUGUCAGAGGAUAAGAUGCUGCACAUCAGGAACAACGCCAUGGCAACAUACAGGAUAGACAACCCCACAGCACACUCUGGUGCUCCCCAGGGGCAGAUGGUUAUGGCUGUAUCCCACCUUGUGAGCUCUGUGUGGGGCAGAGAGGAGCAAGAGACUGGGCUCAUCCCUCAGACUCUGAAUCUGUCAGCUCCUCACAGAGAGCUACUGAAGAGAGGCGUCCGCUCUUAUUUACUACCUGGAGAGGAAGCUAUUCAGCUCGGUGACAUCUCUGCACCUUCCUCUGCCUUUGAGAAACAUGUUAGUUCAGAAAUAUUAAAGGUAUGUCCUGUACCUCCUUUAACUCAUCAACGGAGAAGAUCUGAGAGCCAAAACCUCCUCGGUUGCAGUGCGUGUGUGAAACUGGCUGACCCUAACUCUGACUCUGUGUUUUCAGGCAGCAGGGUCGACCUUCCAGCCAUCAGGGAAUGGUUCGUCUACGCUGGAAACGCUCUGAAGGAGCCUGACAUGGUCCAUCCCGUUCCAAUCAGCCUCCAAUAUAAUCAGCCCGUUCUGGACUUGUUAUGGUUCGGUAACGGUCCUGAGGUUUCGUCUCUCCGCCUGAAGUCCUUCCUUUCGAUGUUUGACUGCCAGGAGCUUUCAGAGUUAUAUGGAGCUGUUGAAGACUCUCUCCUGGCUGCUCUCUGCCUCGUCACCUACAUAGCCCUCCAGAUACAAACGUUGUCUCAGGAGGACUGUGAUGCUUACCUGAGUCAGGCUGUGUGUCUGAAACUUAAAUCCCCGAAGGAGCUUCAACAUAUCAAGUUGCCGGUCCUGUGCAGUCGGGCGGUGCAGCUUGGCUCCCUCUACGUCCGGGGGCUGGCCCACCUGUUGGGGGCUAACUGUGCGAGCGGCGGCCCGCUGCCAGGCGCCGCCCUCAUGCCUUGGAGCAGCUUCGAUGGACGGCUGUUCCACUCAAAGUACCUGCUGGCUCACAGUGGCUCAGACAACACUGUGCUGCUGGACCGCGAUCCGUUCUGUUUGUCUCAGUUUCUCUGCCUGAGAGAGAAACUUACAGAAACCUGCAGGAAGCGAGGCAGAGUCCUGCAGUCCAGACCCAAAGCACCGCAACAAACUCCUGGACCCCCAAACAGAGAUAGACACACAGGUGGUGGGGGGAACUGGAGCGAGAGAGGGGAGACGACCGGAGGAGGAUGGAGGGAGGCAAGAGGAGACCCUAAUAAAUGUGAAAACAGAGAAAGACUGUGGGAGAGAGGAGGAGGAGGAACGAGAGGAGAACAUUUUCACCCUCAUCCCAGAGGUCGAUCGCAUCGCAGCAGAGGCAGAUACCAGCUGGCUCCUAGAUGGUCACAGCCUCCUGCACCAGGAACAUAACCCCUAACAGAGUGGAGAGAAGAGCAGGAUUAAAGGGGAGGAUUUGAGGAGUUAAGAGGAUGGGGAAGACGUGAUGAAAGGAGCAAAGUAAUCAAAUUUCUCUGAACAAACUGAUUAGUGAAUCAACCCGUCAGGAAUGUUUGUCUAAAGGAUGCAGAAGGUAGAUAUACGGGAUUAGGAGGAGGCAGCAUGAAGAGAUUAGGAAUAAAUCAUUCAAUUUACCAGUUUAACUUGAAUUUGUCUUUUUGUGCUCGAAAUUGUCCUUACAGAUUUUAUUCUUUUAAAGUCAAUCAUUUUAAAGCCAUUACUUUAUUUUAGGGCAACUUAACUGUCUCACAGUGACAACACAUUUUAAAUAUACAUGAGCACUCCCCAAACAAACACAGAAAUGCCACUUCAAAUGGAUUAAUGGUUAAUCCUCAAGGCUGUUUUUACCUCUUAUCUCUCACAAUAAAAAGAGAAAGAUCUUAAAAGCUGUGUGUGUCCAGUGGCAUCAUCCUUUUAAAGUAAUGGUUUCAACUGAAUAAACAGUAACACAUGGAGGUCUUUCUUGUUGGAACAACCACUUUUAUUCUGUGCAUAUAAUGAAACAUUAUUCUUGAAUUCAAUUAAGACCCAGAACCAGAUGACACUAUUCGACCUGAUAACAUUA